UUUUUCUUAAUUUCUGUGCUUGAGAAUAAAAAAAUUGGAUAUUAAAAAAAGUACCGUGCUUUCUUAAUCACACAUCCCAAUAUUAAUUGACCGAGCUGAAUCCCAUACACUCCAUUUCUCUGAUUUCUUAUCCUGGUUGCAACUGACCCGCGACGAGCCCUAACCUUCAUAAGGGAAAAAAGCAUUGGUUUUUUGUUCUGUCAAUGGGAGCUUUAGUUGAGGAGCAUUACAGUUUGGAGCUUGAUAAUGGAACGGGUCUUGGAGACUGCAUUGAUCUAGGAUUUGAGGAUGAACCGGAAAGUAUGGCUAUUGAGGAGUCUGUAAGAGUCCUUUUGCAAUGUUUAGGUGAGGAUGUCAACAGAGAAGGUCUCAGAAAAACCCCUUUUCGGGUAGCUAAGGCUCUUCGUGAAGGCACCAAGGGCUAUAGACAAAAAGUGAAUGAUGUUGUACACGGCGCUUUAUUCCCAGAAGUUGGGUUGGGAACAGGGGUGGGUCAGGCGGGUGGGGCCGGUGGGCUUGUGAUUGUCCGUGACAUAGAUCUCUUCUCUUACUGCGAGUCUUGCUUACUCCCCUUCCAGAUCAAGUGCCAUGUGGGAUACGUCCCCUCUGAACACCGUGUUGUAGGACUCAGCAAGCUCUCCCGCGUGGCCGACAUUUUCGCCAAACGCCUUCAGAACCCCCAACGCUUAUGCGAUCAGGUGUGUGGCGCCUUACAACAAGCAAUCAAUCCAACGGGUGUCGCCCUCCUCUUACAGUGCUCCCACCUCCAUCUCCAUCACGGGUGGGUUAAGGUCCAUGUCACUUCCGGGUCCGGAGUUUUUGAGGAUGAGAAAGCUUAUGUGUGGUCCGACUUUCUAUGCCUUUUAAAACUCAGAGGAAUAUGUUUAGACGCGAGAGAUGGUGAAAGACCCUUUUGUCCCUCCAAGGUUUCGUGCAAGACGCCUCUGCCGCCAAUAAAUUCGGUUAUGACUAACGCGGUCGGGUCCAUUCUUCAGUCUCUGGGUGAAGAUCCAUUCAGGAAAGAGCUUUUAGGAACGCCGACCCGUUUUGUCAAGUGGUUCACGGAUUUUAAGAGUUCUGAUUUGGAGAUGGAGAAACCGGAUGGAGGAUUCAUUAGGGAGCUUUUGGAUCCAAAAAUAGAGAUCAGGUCGGAAGUGAACUUGACGUUCUGGUCACAGUGUGAACACCAUCUUCUUCCAUUUUAUGGGGUUGUGCAUAUAGGAUACUUCUGUUCAAAUAAUGGAGGUGGAGGGGUAGGAGUCAAACCAAUGCUGCAGUCUAUAGUGCAUUUUCAUGGUUAUAAACUGCAAGUGCAGGAGAGGCUAACGAGACAGAUAGCAGAGAGUGUUGCUUCGAUUCUAGGGGAGGAUGUAAUGGUAAUUGUGGAAGCGAGUCACACUUGCAUGAUAUCUCGAGGUAUCGAAAAAGUUGGGAGUAACACUGCCACGGUUGCUGUUUUGGGCCGAUUUUCCCAAGAGCCCGCUAUAAGGAUGGAGUUUUUGCAGGGUAUUCCAAACUCUUGUGUGCUGAAGGAAAACAGUUAUAAUUAGGCUACAGUAGAAAUACACAACGGUUUUCCAUUAGCAAGCAAAGGAUUCCUUGUCUUUCUUUGGUGGCCAGAUAUACAGAUUGAAUAAAAUGCUCAAACAGUGAACAUUUUAUUGUUUGUGCAUGUGGGUUAAUUUUCACACAGCCCAUUGCGGAGAAGUCGUAAUAUCUCGAAUACAUAUGUUUCUAUAUAUAUUCAUGGGUUGGGGUGGGGGGUUGUGGAUUCUCCUUUUGAAAUUUAGGGAGUUACCUUUAAUUCCCACAUGUAUUUGAUCUUCAUGCAAUGAAUAUGUUGUGUGAUGCAACCAAGUAUCAGUUAGAAGUUUGUGACUCUUUCUUUUAAGUA